AUGUCUCGGCGUCGUGCCUCUCACAGUGAAUCAAUUGCUCAAUCGUCCACGACGAACGAGGCCUUUGCAUAUCCUUAUUCCGGAAUGCAGCAGAAUUUCCAAGCCCCGCGGCGCGGUCCGAUCGAGGGCCCCAACGGCCGUCGCUUGAUCCGCCGGGUCACCUGGCGUUCGUCCACCUACAAGUUGAUGGCCUCCUUGUGGGUGUUUGGCGUCUUCUACAUCGUGUGGUUGAUCCGGGACAUCUUCUAUCUCCCCUUUUCGUCCUCGUCGAGUCCCGCCACCACCAAUGGGGCUCCGAGUCUGCUAGACCACUACGUGGGGCUGCACCAAUGUGGCAUCUCGUCGGCGUCCCUCUACACGCCCCCUCAGGCGAGUCACCAGUAUUGUCAGACCCGCGAUGCCUUGCUCAGCGCCAUGAGUAACGGCGGCCGUCAUGGCUUUGGUGCCGCCUAUACGUCUCAAGGCUGUUUCUACCGGUGGUACACUCCGUCCGAGGUCUGCGACAUCCUGCAGAAGUUCGAUGGUGUGGUCUUUGUUGGAGACGAGUCUCUGGCUGAUAUCUACGCCGGGUUCAACAUCAUCCUGCGACAGGAUCUCCAGACCGGCUCUCUGCGAGACUGGGACAUGAGCCCACCGCAGCUGGAGAAGUGCAAUUGCGACGCCCAAUUCACCAGUGCCUCGUGUCUCCCACUGCGAAUCACAUCGAGCGAUGAGGUGGACCGACAGAAGACCCUUCGGAGUCCGUAUGCUUGUUCUGCGCAAGUAUCUCACGAUUUCAUUACCGUGACAAACUCGCCUGCCCCGAAAGGCACCCAGGAGAAGUUCCGCCAGCUCCUCUCCCAGACCGAGACCCCGCAGAAACCAGUCGCCGUGAUCCAGAGUCUGUCGUUGUCCACUUCCUAUUCCUUGACGACAGCAAAGAACAGCAUGGACGAAUGGCUAGGGCUGGCUCAGAGCAGCAGUCGGAUCACCCCGUUCCUCUGGGUUGGCCCAACCGCCCCGGGCCACCAGAAACCCUCUGGGGACAAUGUCCAUGCGAGCAGCUGGCAAUACACGCUGGACGUUGCGGCGGCCGCACAGGCAGAUAGUUGGGACGGCAUGCACUAUGGCGAGAAGGUGGCUUUGAUGCAGGCUAUGAUGGGACGACAUGUCCCCUACCUAGACGGAAUCUUUGGCUAA